AUGAGAAAAAUUACUUCAGUUCUAAUUCUUAUUUCUAUCACUUUGUUCACAGUAAAUGCCUAAAAGUGUUCUGAUGUCUAAGCAUAGCUUUCUUCAGGAAAAGUUUGUUAAAGUACUGAUACUGCUUGCUAAACUGCAUUAACUACUUUCAUUGCAUGUACUCUUAACUGUACCUAAAGUAAUAAUGCUGAAUCUGCGGUUGGAGCUUGUUUUAUUAAAAACUGCAGCAAUAUAAGCAAUCCUACUGUUUAGAAUUAUUACAACUAAUUGAUUAACUGUACUUAUAGUGUGCUUUUGUUCUCAUCCCUCUUUUUUUUAGUCGCAUUUUUACUCUGA